UCCGUCUUUACGAUCAGACUUUUUGAAUUGUUUCCUCUGCCUAUUUAUUUACUAAUAUUUAUAUCCUUAAAUACUUAUCCUAUACGCAUGCGCUAGCUAUAGCCUAAAGAUCGAAAAUCCGCUCGACGUGCAUCACUCUCAAAUCUUCAACUGCCUCAACCAGACAUCAGCUAGCCUCGCCAGACUGUAUUCUUCACUACGACUCGCUUUCCAACGCUGUCGGCGCAAUAUUUGCACUAUGGCCGACAGAAUGACUCAGAUACUGCCGGUACACCGGUUAAACCAGGCACCCGAUCACACAUCCAUCGCAGAAUGGUGGGCAAGCGAGAAGCAAAAGGGCACUGAGGAAGCCGCUGUGGUCACAAAGGCCGCAGAGCUGCUACGGUCAAGCGAUAUACCCGUGGGCUUUCCUACCGAGACAGUCUACGGACUAGGCGCAGAUGCAACGCGGAGCGCGGCAGUGCAGGGGAUAUACAAAGCGAAGAAGAGACCCUCCGACAACCCUCUUAUCAUUCACGUCGACUCGCUAGAUAUGCUCAGUCGGCUGCUGAAUCCGACCCUGACGAGAGAUGAGCUUGCCAAUCCCAAUAUAAAUUCCCCGCGCAAUCAGAUACCAGCAAUUUAUGAACCUCUUAUAUCCCGAUUCUGGCCCGGCCCUCUUACCGUUCUCCUCCCGAAUCCCAAGGGGUCCCUUCUAGCGAAAGAAGUCACCGCGGGAUUACCCACGUUCGGCGCACGCAUGCCUUCAUCGGCAUUUGCUCGUUUACUCAUUCACGUCACCGAUAGACCCCUCGCUGCUCCCUCAGCCAACGCCUCCACAAAACCCUCCCCUACAACCGCGCAACAUGUAUAUGACGACCUCAAUGGCCGAAUUGACAUUAUACUUGAUGGAGGACCCUGCGGUGUUGGUGUAGAAAGCACAGUCGUGGACGGACUCUCCGACCCUCCGGCUGUCCUUCGUCCAGGGGGUGUUGGAAUUGAGGAAAUCCGAUCUUGCCCAGGCUGGGAAAAUGUCAAAGUCGGGUAUCACGAUGGUGCACUACAGAGCAAAGAAGCACCGCGAGCACCGGGCAUGAAAUAUAGACACUAUUCACCCAAGGCGCAGGUUGUGCUGUUCGAAGCCAGUUUAGAUUCUUCCUCCAUCGCUAGUCGGGUCAAGAAGCAGCAACUUGAUAUUGCUAUGGUCAGUGGAAAACGCAAGAUUGGUAUUGUGCGAACUAGGACGUGGCCUGUUGCGCUUGGAUUGGCGUCGGAUAAUAUCCAGAAACUUACUGUCCACGAAUUACCCGUCACAUCGUUACAUGAUACUAUUGCAAAUAUUAACAACGAAACCGAUUCAUCGCCCUUAAUAAUAUAUGAUGUGGACCUAGGCCCUGGUGCAGAUUCUAUUGCUCGAGGGUUGUUCUCUGCUUUGCGCCGUCUGGAUGGGCUGAAUGUAGAUGUUAUUUACGUGGAGGGCAUUCGCGAUGAGGAAGGUGAUCUGGCCGCUGCGGUGAUGAAUAGACUAAGAAAGGCCUCUGAAGUGGCCGUCACAGUAUAGAAAGAUAAAAGGCUUGAUAGACUUGCGAUACCAACAUAUUUAGACUGGAUGGAUGAUAAAUUAAUGUCUGUAC